AUGCUUACAUUCAUUGCAGAGAACAACAAUGAUACUGUUCUUGACUUUGGUAACGCUGCAGGGACAUUAUCAUCAGAAGAAGCUCAGAAUAUUAAGCAAGCAGCAGUUCUACUGUUUAGAAGAUUAAUUGAAAUAUUGAGAGUAAAGCUGCAACUGCUACCGGAAGAUAUGG